CCUCCUCCGCCUCCACACAUUCAAUUGUGUUGACAACACAGUCACCACAAUGGCCGACUUCGUGAAGGGUAUCUUUGGUGGCCAGAAGCCUGCACCUGCUCCUGUCAGUGGCGAUGACGACUUUGCCGACUAUGCGGGCGCUCCUAACCCUGAGCCAGCAUCGCUAUCAGCAUUCACCACCGCCUCGGCACCAUCUGCCGCUCCUACGUCCACUGUUGGACAGGUUCCUUACACAAAAUGGUACCGAGUGUGGGAGCGUGUUACCAUUGACGACUUCAAGCUAGAACUCUACGUCCUGCCAUUCCUCCUCCUAGUGGUCGUCGUGCAUCUCUGGGGAACACGAAGAAACCGUAGCAAGGCCAGGACUUGGAUCAAAGCCCAUGCGCCUGUGCUACAACAGGAAUUCGCGCAGGUGGGAUACGUCCGCCCGCAGCCAUCUGCAGACGGUGCCGCCCCACAGGAGGCAGCAAAUCCCGAUAAGCUUCUCAAGGAGAAGGCUGCAGAUACCUACAUGAGCUACGCCACUGGUCGUCAGAAUGUCGCCUUUAUCGAUUUCAAGUUGACAUUGGCAAAGAGGUACAACCCCCUGAUGCGCUUCGGUGAGGCCGCAAUUGGAAUGUUCUUCGAGAGUCUGCCCGCAACCCAGGAGCGAUUGGAAGCCACGUCCUAUGUGUUUGACGGCAAGGAGGGUCAAAUUGCCCCUUUCUAUGGAAAGGGAGACGAGAAAAAGGUCCCCAACAGCACCUUCGAUGGAUUUGUCUGGGCUGUCGUUCACAAGGAUCUCAUGAAGCGUCUUCGUGAGGAUCGCUAUGAUCUGUCGCUCACCUCCUCCAAGGACCACGCCAAACUUCCGCUCUGGGUCACCGUCAUGAGCGAGAAUGCCGAAAUCACUGAGACUCUCCUCACGCCCGAAUUGAUCAAGGCAAUCAACGAUGCAGGUGAUGACUUCGAGGCCCUGGUCAUUAGUGACCAGCCCAUGGACCAGCCUAAGAAGCUUGACGAUACCACCCCUCGCAAGCGUAUCAACCUGUCCCUCAAGCUUAGCUCGAACUACGACUCAACGCUCCCGCUAUUCCAAUAUUUCCUACGUCUUCCUGACCAUCUUGUAUCCGCUGCUCACUUCCGACCUGAGGCCAUGCGUCGCAUCAAGCAAACGCGCGAGGAACAGAUUGCUAAGUUGCGUAAAUUGGACGACGAGGAGAAGGCAGAGGAGCGCAAGCUGUUGGGCGACAAGGCUAAGAAGGACAAGCGUGACCAAAUGCUUGGUCGCAUGAGCGCUUCUGAACAGAAGAAGUACCUCGACAAGGAGCGUGAAAGGGAAAACAAAAAGCGUGCCAAGGGAAAGACUAUCAAAGCAUAGUCUCAAUCUUCGAUUGCAUAGAGGCUUGGGUACCUACAUUUUAAUGAAGUUGUUGGAAGGAGCAUCGUCACCUGGAAACUGCCUUCGCACGUCUCUGGAUAAUGUCAAAAGGGUGGGUUCGUUGUAUAUUGUAAUUUUAGGCUAGCCUCUGUAGGUAUAUUGAAAAAUAUGAGACUGAUAGUCUCUGUCUGUCUCAACGGUACUCCGUGC